CUAUGGCAAGACCCACGUUCAGAGUGCAAUUACCAUCUCACCCUCACUGAUCCUUGAUUCCCUUAAUAGAGGGUAGAAUGGUCAUUGUAGUACGCUAGGGCAUUUCCGCCAUUUGAAUGUUUAUAUAGAGAGAGGACAGAGACAGAGAGAUUCUUCGGAAGAGAGAGACAGAGAGAAGUGGAAGAAUAGGGAGAGGGAAGAUCCGUUUGAGUCCGUUAAUUUUGAUUAAUAAUUUAUGAAGGCAAAACCACACCAAUGGUGACGGACCAAGAGAUUGCAAAAGGAGUCGAGACUCUGCUCCGUCAGUCUGACCCUAACGCCGUUACCUCUCUAAACGGCGUCGUUCAGCAGCUCGAAGCCAAACUAGGGUUAGACCUGUCCCACAAAGCCGGCUUCAUCAGGGACCAGAUUAGCUUCCUCCUCCGGUCGGAACCCGUGCCGAAAGACCAAUUUGCCCCCGAGAUCCACACUCAAUACCAAAACCGUAGCCAUCCCCCUCAACAAUUUCUCGAUCCCCAUGUCGUCUUCCAGCAGCAGCUCCACCAACAGCACAACCCGUCCCCGCACCAGCCUCAAGCGCAACCCCGUCCGCAGCCGCCGCGGCCGCCUCCACUAACCGUGGCGAAAACCGGAGCUGACGCUCAGAAUGUAGUGGCUAAUGCUUCUGGAACGCCGAAAGGAAGCACUACUGCUGGAACCAAAAGACGAGGCGGUCCAGGUGGUCUGAACAAAGUAUGUGGCGUUUCACCUGAACUACAGGCCAUUGUUGGGGAGCCAGCUCUGCCGAGGACUGAGAUUGUAAAGCAGCUCUGGGCGUACAUCAGGAAGCACAACCUUCAGGAUCCAGGUAACAAGAGAAAGAUUAUCUGUGAUGAUGCCUUGAGAUUGGUUUUUGAAACGGAUUGCACUGACAUGUUCAAGAUGAACAAGCUGCUUGCAAAGCAUAUUUUGGCACUUGAUCCAACAAAAGAAUCUGCUCAAGCUAAAAAACCAAAGGUUGAAGAUUCUCCUGAAAAGGAAAGUACGGAAUCCAGUCCUCCACCUGUUAUAAUAUCAGAUUCACUUCUAAAAUUUUUUGGUACUGGAGAAAGGGAGAUGCUUCAAUCUGUGGCACUAGGACGUGUUUGGGAGCACAUAAAGGAUAACCAGCUUGAGGAUCCUCUGAAUUCAACGACGAUUCAUUGUGAUGCAAAGCUUCAGGAGCUUUUAGGAUGUAAAAGCAUUUCUGCAUUGGGAAUGCAUGAGUUGAUCGCACGCCGUCAUUUAUUUAAGCGUUGAUGGUGCUUUCUCAUGUGAAAUGGUAUCUGGAGGUUAUAGCUAGCUAGUUGUUUGGAUGACCUGACUGGUGUAAAUAAUGUUAUUGGCAAGAAACAUUUUGUAGUUACACCAAUGCUUAACAUCUUUGUAAUGGAUAGAAGUAAUCGCCAGAAUGAUGUAUUUUGUGAACACCAUAUAAUCGGUGAUGUAGAUUUCACAUGUUUAAUUCAAGCUAUUAGUUGUUAAUACUCUCUUGCAAUCAAUUUUAUUAUCUUCGUUUUUCUGGUU